AUGCAUCGCAACAUUGAACGGCAGAAGAAGAUUCUGGAAGCAGUACAAAGAAGAGCGAGUCUAAAGAACUGCCGCAGGGAUUUCCCCGAAUAUAAUAUCCCGCUAGCAACCUUGCUGAGCCAAGACAGGACUCGCACGUCUUCUCGUCGUGAGAUGGAAAUCAUUACGGAGAGCCCGAUCAUCCCCACUGGUGAAGUUCCACCACGGAUUCUCCCUUUGGAAGUACGAGUCGCUAUCAAGAGCAUGAAACCUGGCACAGCCCCCGAACCUGAUUUUAUAUCAGCAGACUUUCUUCGGGCUGGUGGCCAUCCACUUCAUGUAAUCUCAGCAGCGCACAUGACAUCCUACCUUCAGAAAGAAGGGAUCCCAGACCAGUGGAAGACUUCGCGAACCGUUCUUAUCUAUAUUAAAGGAGACCUUCGGAACUACCGUUCGAUAUGCAUGCUGAGCGUGCUAUACAAAGUAUUCACCAAGAUCAUCCUCAAGCGCAUAUCCAGGAUGCUGGAUGAAGCCCAGCCUCAAGAACAAGCUGCAUUCCGUCAGGGGUUCACCUGCUUGGACCACAUCCAGACCGUUUCGAGUGUCAUAGAGUUCUGCCGGGAAUACCGCCUGCCCCUUGUUCUAACCUUCGUCGACUAUGAGAAAACCUUCGACAGAGUAGAAACGAAUGCAAUACCGUCAGCGGUGGUUGUGCAAGGUGUGGACGCUUCGUAUGUGAGGACAUUAGCCAAUUGCUACGGUCGAUGCACCACAAAGUCGAAUCUCCGCUUUGCGGACGACAUCGUUCUCUUUUCGAGUAGUGCCAGUGAAGCAGAAACGAUGCUCAACGAAUUGAACGAAGCAGGGAAGAGAAUAGGACUGCGAAUGAACAGAAAAGAAGACACAGUUCAUGAGAACGCCUACUGCGAGGACGGAGGAGUGCAACUUGAAGGCUCCCAAAUCGUUGAAACUUCGUCAUACGUAUACCUCGGACGUUCUAUGAACAUGGAAAACCACUUGGAGAAAGAACUGAACAGAAGAAUGAGAGUAGCAUGGGCAGCAUUCACAGUCAUCAGCGAAGCUACGGACCAACAGACGGACCAAGAUCGUCGUGCCCAUCUGUUCGACUCGACAGUUCUUCCAGCGCUCUGUUACGCAGCAGUGACGUGGGCAGACACCGCUGCCACGUCUGGGAAGCUACUUACUUCCCACAGAGUUCUUGAAAGAUGUCUUCGGAAGUUUAACCGGCGCACACAACAACUUGCCGGUCUUCGCAGCUCCGACUUAAGAGAAUUAUCCCGUCUUCGUGGCCUAGUGGAAUAUAUAUCGAAAGCAAAACGUAGAUGGGCCGGUUACAUCAUGAGAAGAACCGACGAUAGUUGGACCAAAAGAACGCCAGAGCGGAUCCCAAGAGAUGCUAAACGCCCUCGAGGGAGACCGCCAACGAGAUGGGGCAACGUGUUCACUGCACGGAUGGACCAGCUGAGAGCUCAGCUGGAUACGGCUCAAGGACCUCGUCAACGUCAUUCACGAAGCUUGAGAACAUCUUGGAUGACAAUGGCGAGGGAACGAAACGAGUGGAGGAGAUGCUGA